UUUCACGUGUGUUCGUACCUUCUGUUAAUUUCCACUCUGCCAACAAUGAAUAAUCGUCGCUUUAAUAAAUACGUAACUUUUACUUCAACGUUGCUUUUAAACUAUUUAAUUGUGUACAAAAAAUCUCAUGCGUAUGAAACGAGUACCACAUGCACUGCGAAUUCGAGUGUCGUCCACGAAGAACUUUGGUCAACGGCCGAGGAAUGUUUACGUACGUGCAGAGAGCACGAAAAGCCACGUUAUUGUUACUACCAUUUCACGCUGGAAUAUUACACGACCAUGAAUCGAGCAUGUGAAUUCUGCCGACCGAAGUACACGAAUCAGCUUUCCAAUUCCGGGGAAUGUCAGUGCAUCGAAGCGGAUGGUGUCGAGAAAACUGUUCUGAGCAUCAACAGAAUGAUACCAGGACCCAGUAUCCAGGUUUGUCAAAACGAUAUGGUGAUAGUCGACGUGCACAAUAAAAUCGAUGGGAUCGAGGUGAGCUUACACUGGCAUGGAAUCUUCCAAAAUGGAUACCAGUACUAUGACGGAGUGCCUUAUGUGACCCAGUGCCCGAUCAAUUCUCACAAUGUCUUUCGGUACCAGUUUCGCGCGAAAAAUGCUGGGACACACUUUUAUCACUCGCACUUAUCGGUCCACAAAAUAGACGGCCAAUAUGGCACUCUCAUCGUACGCAAACCACCCAAACUGGACAUUCAAACGAAAUAUUACGACCAAGAUCUGCCCACUCAUGUACUCUUACUGAGCGAUUGGAUGCAUCACUUGUCAAUGGAACGCUUCCCUGGACGAGGAAGCCGUCUCAAGGGACAGUUGCCCCAAAACAUACUUAUCAAUGGUCGAGGAACCUGGCAGGAUCCUGUCACUGGAAAAUUCACGACCACGAGUCACGAAGUAAUCCACGUUGAGGCUGGAAAACGCUACCGGAUUCGGAUGAUAAAUUCUUUCAGUACAGUCUGCUUAGCUCAGUUGAAUAUCGAGGAUCACAAACUCAUAAUAAUCGCGCAGGACGGAGAGGACGUCGAGCCCAUGCCGGUGGAUACGAUCGUGACAGCGAGUGGAGAAAGGGUGGAUUUUGUGCUGAUUGCGAAUCAACCGUCGAAUCGCUCGUACUGGAUUCAGGUCAGAGGAAUGGGGGAGUGCGGCGGAUCGCUCAUGAUUCAACAACUGGCUUUUUUGAGAUACGCGGAAGCGUCGGUAACUUUGCCGCCUACCGAGCGUCCGACAUAUUAUAGAGGACUCCGCCGAGGCAUUCUCUACAACCCAAUAGACGCAGUUUGCAAUCCCGAAGUUUCGAUUUGCGUAAAUAAACUGAAAAACGCGGAGAAAGACGAAGCGGAGCUCUUGACCGUCGACGCCGAUUAUCAAUUCGUAAUUCCGUUCGAAUUCUUCGAUUACAUCCAUCAACCUCGUAACUUUUUUACUCCUGGCACCUUCGAGACAUACUUGAGCAUCGGCGGAGACAUCCUGGUAACCAGUAUUCUUCAUAACGUGAUGCCACAAAAUACACCGGGACCAAUCAUUUUGGACCCAAACGUCGAAGCCCUGACGUGCGAUUUAGCCAAAAUUAAAACCGAGCCUUCUGCUCGUCCGGCCAAAUGCGUUUACACGCACAACGUCAAGAGAGGAUCGAUUGUGGAAUUUGUCCUAUAUGACAGAAUUUUACAACCGUUUUUGAGUCAUCCGUUCCAUCUUCACGGUUACGCUUUCCGGAUAUUCGACGUUGGCCGAUUUCCUGAUAAGCUCAAUAUCACGGAUGGCGAUAUCGAUUUCGUUAUUCGUAAUCAUCGGCAACGAUUGGUCAGAGGAGAAUAUAAACGAGUCCCUGGCAAAGACACAGUCGUCGUGCCACAAGGCGGUUGGGCCAUAUUCAGAAUUAAGGCUGAUAAUCCGGGUUGGUGGUUAUGCCAUUGCCAUUUCGUUUGGCACAAUCCAAUCGGCAUGCAGUUUAUUCUUCACGUUGGUGAGCCGAGUGAUCUUCCUGUGGUACCGACUAAUUUUCCCCGCUGCGGAAAUUUCGUCUCGCCGGUUUGUCCUCACGAUUGAAGCAGAUGCGGAUAAACCCGAGAUCAGAAGUUGAGUUUGAUAUAAGUUAAGGAGGGUGGCUAGGGACGAUACAAUGUUGCCAUGCUAAACCAUGUUGAAUACAUAAAAAAUUUCAAAAUUAUAAGAAUUUAAUUAAAUUUGGUGAACAUAUUCUU